CACGGCGAAACAAAAUGGCGGCCGGUAGCUGAGGGGACCCCGUUCCCGUCCUCCGGUGGACCGGAGGCCGCUUGGAGCAGGUGAGCUCGGCCAGGGAGAGGCGGAAUGGCUCCGGGAUUCGCUGGGGUGGCUACAGGGCCAUGGAAGCUCCGAGCGAGGAAACGGCGACGGUGACCUCGAACCUUCGCUCCCUCGCGGUGGCCGAAGCGUCGGACUCGGAAAAAAACCCCGAAGCCUCAGAAAACGCCGGAGCAGAAGAAGAAGAAGAAGAAGAAGAAGAAGAAUCCGCCGCCGCCGAUGACGACGAAGACGACGAAGAGUGGGGGGUUCCCUGCAGCGACGAAGAAGAACCCUCCCCCGAAAAAUGGCUCCCUCCCCCCGCCGAAAUCCGCCGCCUCUACGACAUCAUCGCGCAAACGGGGAGCCUCCCCCUCCGCCGCAACCCCCUUCCCCGCCGCGCUCCCACCCCCGAACCCGACAGCGAGGAAGAACGCGGCUCCGCCGGGCAACCCGAGAGCGAGGAAGAGGAGGAGGAGAAGCCGCCCGCUCCCACGGAAUUCGACUUCGACGACGAACCCGUCGCCCCGAAAAAUUCCCUCAUCGAUCGCCGCCGAGCGCCGGGCCCCCCGACGCGCGGGCAGAAACGAGAAGCUCGUUUGGAUAAAGUUUUAUCCGAUAUGAAACGCCACAAGAAAUUAGAGGAACAAAUUCUCCGAACGGGAAAAGAUUUAUUUCAAUUAGAAGGAAACGAAAGCGGGGGGGGGGGGGAUCCCCAAAAACGCCCCCCCGGCGUUUUUUUACGCCAGAGGAAAUAUUGAGGCGCGCUUUCCCCC